CACAAUGAAGAAUAUUUGUCAGCUGACCAGAAAUGAGGUGGGCUAUGAAAUGGAUUUCAGUGUCGGUGUAACACUUCUACAGAGACAGGAGCAGCAGCCACAUCACAGGAUCUGAACAGUUGGACUGAUCUCUACCAGAUACAGCAACACUCUCCCCGACUAUGGCUCUUCAACAAACACCGUCUGUAUUUGCCUUUCUGGACAAGCACAAGUAAACCUUUCUGCUCACCACUUCCUGUCUUACUGUUCUUCUAUUGCCUCAACCUUCCCUUUCUUUUGUCUUCGCUUUUGUGAGCGUUGCUUAUUCUGUCUGUGAAAAUGGACGACACAGAGCCAGUGCAACCCAGCCUCAACUCCUCCUAUAUUCCCACUGGUCUUGGCAACCACCAAGUAUCUGAGGAUGAGGAGAGCGAGGACCCCUCUGCAUCACUCUUACCCAAACAUUCGUCAGUGCCUCUGGCCGUGCGCUACAGCCCAGAGGACUCUUAUUGUUUGGUGUACAUAAUCUUCUUUCUGCUGGGCAUUGGCUCCCUGCUGCCCUGGAACUUCUUCAUAACAGCCAAACACUACUGGCUCUACAAACUGAGUAACAACACUGGUCGCAGCGGUAAUGAGGAGCAACGUUCGGACCUCAGUGAUUACUUUGAAAGUUAUCUGGCCAUUGCCUCCACGGUGCCCUCGGUGCUGUCUCUGAUACUCAACUAUCUCCUAGUCAACAGGUUGUCUUCCAGUGUGCGGAUCCUGUCGUCUCUUUUUGUCAUCCUGUUGGUGUUUGUGCUGACCACGGUGCUGGUGAAGAUAGACGUGUCUGACAGCAGGGUGGAGUUCUUUAUUGGCACGCUGGCCUGUGUGGCUGUCGUCAGCGGCGCCUCCAACCUCUUCUCUGGCAGCGUGUUCGGGAUCAGUGGGCAUUUCCCAAUGAGGAUUUCUCAGGCCCUUAUAUCAGGCCAGGCUAUGGGAGGCACAUUGAGUGCAGUAGCAUCAAUAGCGGACCUGGCAUUGGCGAAGGAUGUGACAGACAGCGCUCUGGCCUACUUCCUGACAGCUGACAUCUUCAUCCUGCUCUGCAUCAUCACAUAUCUGCUGCUGCCCAAGCUGGCAUAUUCAAGACACUACAUGCUGGCAGCAACAUGCACCAGUUCAGGAGUUAUGAGCGAGGGGGGAGCAGCAGAGGGAGUCCCACCACUACAGCCUAUCCUCAGGAAGACGUGGGUGCUCGGCUUGAGUGUCUUCUACGUCUUCUGCAUCUCUAUCAUGGUGUUCCCUGCAGUAUCCUCAGGGAUCCAGUCUGUCCACAAAGACAGCGGCAGCCCCUGGACAACCACUUACUUUGUGCCCCUCACCAGCUUUUUCCUGUACAACGUGGCAGACUUUUGCGGCAGGCAGGCCACGGCAUGGCUGCAGGUCCCUGGUCCCACCAGCCGAGUCUUGCCUGUACUGGUGCUAUGUCGCACCAUCAUGGUGCCACUUUUCAUGUUCUGUAACUACCAGCCGAGGGACCACCUCCACACUGUGCUUUUCACUCAUGAUUUGUACCCUGUGGUCUUUAACUGCCUGCUAGGCCUUACUAAUGGCUACUUAGGCACGCUGCCAAUGAUCUAUGGUCCUAAGGUGGUACCUCGGGAGCUGGCAGAGGCCACAGGAGUGGUCAUGUCCUUCUUCCUCACUCUGGGACUGGCUGUUGGAUCUGCUUUUUCAGUGCUUAUUGUGCACUACAUCUGACCAAGCAGUUACUAAGCAAUAACUUUACAUAACAAUUUACAGUGGUAUAAUGGUAUUCAACAGGCAGUAGCUGGGCAGUGACAAAUACCAGAACUGUGACUGUGAUACAAAGUGCAUGCGACGUCAGUUGUUUACCAUGAGGGAAAAGUGCUGAUAAGCUUCUCAUUUCCACUCUUCACCAUAAAGCCAUUAUUCCUUCAUACCUCACAUUAAUGUGUGUUAUGUUUACACUGAUGUGGCUCAUGAUGUGAACCUCAGGGCUCUGUCCGCCAUGAUUUGGUCUCUACAUAUUAGAGAUCAGGAAGGUGCUUUCCAAGCAACAUGAGCAAUCUCUGUAAUCAGGGACACUUGAUCUAACAAAGCUUUUAUUUUGGACACAUUGAUUUACUUUAAAUUGGUAAAAUACUGUGGUAUAUAAUAAGUUAUGCAGAGGGUGUUAUUUUAGUUCAACUUUAAUAAAAAUAUGCAGAUGGUUGAGGGACACAGCUGGAAAACAUGGCUAAUUGUUGAUGAACAUGUGGCUGAUUCGUAUUUGCUCUGUAAACCUUGUAACUGAAUUUGAACAGACUUUAAAAACUGACCAUUUCCAGUAACAUAUUUUGGUCAUCAUAUUCAAAUGUGCACUUAGAAGUAAAGCCUUUGUCUGCUUGUUAAAUAAUUAUACCAUCUUUGCAACUUGGGCUCAAAUACCCUUCUGUUCUCUUUACUUCUCAAAAUACAAAUAAUGUACUAAAUUACCGUUAACUUUUUUUAUUUUAUUUUUUUAAGUUCAUUGUUGUACAUUAUCUGAAACAAUGUUUGAGUCCUACCUAAGUUGAUAGUGAGCUGGACUAAAGCAAAUACCUCUUAGGAGAAAUUAAUGUAGACACUUAUUGUAGUCCAUUUGGAAAGUCAGGAACAACGUGCAGAUUACAGACAGUUUUGUCCUACUAUUAUAUAUAUAUAAGUAUUGUAUAUGUAAAGUUAAGCGUAGUAUCAAGGAGUGUUCUUUAAAUGACCCAGACAUGACAGGUAUACUUGUAAAUUCAGUUUACAGCAAAAGAAAAUAAAUGGAACCAAGUGGAUUGGGAUCACUUUUAAUUGUUAAAAAUUUACAGAUGAACCGACAGUUGGCUCAGGGUUUGAAGCAGACAACAAUCGAAUUUGAGAUGUUCUGUACGUUAGAAACGCAGUGAUUUACAAACAGUAGGAAGAGUGCAAACAAUGGGAGGUACACUUAGAAUACUUACCUCCAUAUCAGCUCCUUAAAAUAACAACACAACAUCUACAAAAUAUAAAUUUUGUUUUAAGGAUCAGACAUACUGCUAAAAGUAAUGCCAGUCAUUCUUAACACACUGAGCUGUCUUCUCCUGCAGUCAGGAAUCAUAUAUAGCUUGGGCAGGGGGGAAAUCAGAGGAGUAGAAAUCUGAUGCCAUGUCAACAUUACACAUGUGAAACUUAAACACACCCAGCAAGCAAUGUAAGCUAGUAAAAGCCAAAUGCAAACCUGUGAAUCCUGACAGUGAAGCUUCGUGAUUUCUGCUCAGUGAAGCAGUAACAGGCUGAGCUAUACAUGUAAUCACUCCUCCCCAACCCCCACUCGGAAAAAAAACAUGUCCAGUCCCUUUCCACCAUGACAUCAUUCAAAACAUUAAU